CACCUUAUAGACUACAUGGCAGAGAUACUCAAACAGAAGGACUCCGAACUGACCAACUUCAAGAUAGCAGCCGGCACCCUGGAUGCCAGCACAAAGAUCUAUGCGGUGAGAGUGGAUGCUGUCCAUGCAGAUGUAUACAAGGUUCUUGGAGGGUUGGGAAAAGACUCAGCACCUACAAAGGAUGUGGACAGCCAGGGUGCAGAUGGAGCUGCUGCCGGUACUGAAGCUGCCAAGAAGCUCCAGACAAAGAAGAAGCACUCGUACAAAACAAUCGAACAGAACCUGAAUAACAUAAACAUCUCUGAGGCAGAUUGCAGAAGUGAGGUCGAUCCCAUGUUCCAGAAGACAGCAGCCUCCUUCGAUGAGUGCAGCACGGUUGGCAUCUUUCUCAGCACCCUGCACACCCACAGCUAUAGCUGUGAGCUCCUGUUGGAUUCCAAGGUCACGCCGCUCCCAUCUUCUGAGACAUUGGAGUCCCCGAGCUCUACUCCUGUGAAGGUGGCAGACCUGAAGUCUAUCCUGCUGCAGUGCAUCGAACCGCGCCCCAUCUGCCCUACGUUGAGUGGCUUCCAGCUUUCUCACUGGGACAGUGACUCCCAUAAUGAGUCAGUGUCCGCUCUGCUGGAUAAAUUUAAGAAAAGCGACCAAGUCUUUGAUAUCAACGCAGAGGUGGAUUGUGACCCUGCAGACUGUGCUGAUGCCCUAGAGGAGGAUGACUUUGAUGCAGACAUGCCAGAUAGGACGGUAGCAGAGGAUGUUGGGGACUUUUCAGACAAGCUGGAGGCCUGCAGGAUGGUGCGUGAGAGCAUGAGUAAGGACGUGAUUCCCCUUGCGGAAGGAGACAUCGGGACCAUGUGCCUCCAUCUCUCUGUGAAACCUGGAGAGUAUUCCUACUUCAGCCCCCGCACCAUGUUGAUGUGGGCCGGCCCAGAGCACUGGCGCUUUAAGCCUCACCAUAAACUGGACACGGGCGCUGAGAAGGGGGGCAGGAAGAGGAACACAAAGAAAGUCUUCGAACUCGACUUUGAUGAGGAUAUUGACUUCACAACGCGUUUCCGUAAGACUAGGGCAGCGACAACUCUGGCCAAAUCAACUCUUGACAACCAGAACAAGAAGAGCACCACGCUCCCUGAAGACUUCCACUUUGACCCUGACAAUAUCAUUCGGCUCUCCCUCAAACCAGCUAUCAAGCUGUGGAGGAAGGCUCUGCAGAGCAGCUUGUCUGACCAAGAGGAUGAGAUUGGAGAGUAUGAUUACAACAAUCCCAAUGACACCUCCAACUUCUGUCCUGCACUGAAGGCUGCUGAUAGUGACGACGACCCCGACCCCGUUGGCUUCAUGGGCCAGGGUGGGCCCUUUGAACUGACCGUGAGGGGGACAGAUCAGUUUGGUGAGCUCAGCAGGGCCCUUGGGGUUGACAUCACAACAUAUGGCGAGUCCAACCUUGUUGCUGAGCCACAGAAGGUGAAUAAGAUAGAAAUUCAUUAUGCAAAGACGGCCAAAAAGAUGGACAUGAAGAGGCUAAAACGGACCAUGUGGGACCUCCUGACUGAUGUGCAGAAGGACCAGGUGGGGGCAGAGCAAAAUGAAGUCGCAGAGAAGGGGACUGACUCUGUAACACUAGCAGGCAAGAAGGUCUUCAGUGGCAUCACAAAAGAUCUGCUUCACAGACUGCCUUCUGCGAUGGCGCAGAACCUCUCUGUGCCCCUGGCGUUUGCCUGCCUCUUGCACUUGGCAAAUGAAAAGAAUCUGACGCUGGAGGGGGUAGAGGACCUGUCUGACGUCCUCGUGAAGCAAGGAGAUUGA